AUGCUGAAGCUCAAGCAGCUCCAGCAGCAGAAGCAGGCGGCGCAGCAGGCCAAGGCGGUCGAGCAAGAGGCGGCAGCUGCCGCCACGAAUGGAGGAGAUGCGGCAGCAACGGAGCCGGCAACGAAUGGGGAGACGAAAUCGACGUCGACUACCCCGCACGCGGCUGCAUCACUGAUGGCCAAGUACAAGGCAUCCUCCGGCAAGAAGGAGGAGGGCGUCAUGUCCCUCUCCAAGGCUGGAGGCAGGAAUAAGAAGAGGCAGAAUGCAGUCGAGCUUCGAGUGCAGAAAGAUCUGGCUGAGAUGGAUCCCGUGCCGGGCACGGAAGUGGACCUGCCAGAGGUGGAUAACAUCAUGAAGCUGAAGGUAAAGGUCACGCCCACCGAUGGUCUGUAUCAGGGCGCCACCUUCUCUUUCGAUCUCGACAUCCCUCACAACUACCCCUAUGAGCCUCCCAAAGCGACAUGCACCACCAUGGUGUAUCACCCCAACAUCGACCUCGAGGGCCACGUCUGCCUCAACAUCCUCCGUGCCGAUUGGAUGCCCGUGCUCAGCUUGGGCUCUGUCAUCUUUGGGCUGAUGACCCUCUUCCUGGAACCCAACCCCGAUGAUCCGUUGAACAAGGAGGCGGCGCAGCUGAUGAUCGAUCGGCCGCGAGACUUUGAGCGUAACGUCAAGCAAGCGCUCCAGGGCGGCUACGUCGCCGGCAAGCAGUUCCCUCGCCUCCUCAAGUAG